GCUCCGGGACCAGACGCUCACGUUCCCCAGCCAGGGCUGGAGCCCCUGUCCAGCCCCAGACCCUGCGGAGGCUACGCUACGGGAGUAGAGAGGCUCCGCGGAGGACCCCGGAAAGGCGGAAGGAGAGUGUUCCCUCCCAAGGGAAAGACAGAUGUGGGGCUAAUGAAAGGGAUGCAGAGAGGCGCGGGGGAGAGCGGGGGCGUGACGGGGAGAGGAAAGCUCCCGGGAGGGAGCGAACCAGACCACCUGGAGGUCCGCCGCGACGCCGGGCUGCAGGAGACGGGGGAGAGGAGCCGGGAGGGGGCGUGCAAUUUGGCCCGAGGGUCCUGAGCUGAAACUCAACACCCGCUUUGGAGGGAUCGUCCUCCUUUCUCCUCCGCCCCUUCCCUUCCCCUCCCUUUUCCCCUCCCUCCUUUCUCUGAAUCCCGGGACUGAGCCCCGCACCGGAGCGGAGAGGGCCCGAGGGGAGGAGAAAGGAGCUGCACAGAGGGGGCGCCGGGAGCCCCGGAAGGGGAGGGAAGGGGAGCCGCGAGCGGGGGGGUGAGCCUGAAGGCCGCGCGCGACCCCCGGAGCCCUCCCAGCGCCCUCAGUGUCCCCCCCAACCCCAGCUCCAGGCGAGUCUGCAGAACCCUGGCCUCUGCUCCUCCUUCGCCUUCUCUUUGCUCCUUCUUUUGCUUUGUGGCCUUUCGGUUGCCAGAGACACCCGGGCUGCCCCGCGCCCUGGGGUGCGCGGCGGGUCCCCGCCAAGGGUGCGUGUAAGCGGGGCGGUGGGGCCAGCGCCGGGGGCCAGGGGCCCGAGGGUGGGAGCGGGAGCGCCGGCGCCGAAGGCUGGAGUGGGGCGCUCGGGGAAGGCCGUCCCGCGCCUUCGAGCCGGGCCCGCGUGCGGGUGGUGAGGCGCCGUCACGGCGCCCCCAAACCCCCAGGCGCGCGGCGAGCGAGUGUGAGUCCUUGGGAACCCUCCUCCUCGCCAGGGCUGCGAGCGCCUGGGCAGACAGCGGCCACUCGGGCCGCCCAGCCCGGCCGCCGCGCUCUCCCAGGCCUUUGGCGCCAGCCUGGCCUCCGUUCGCCAGGUCGGGCGAGUUUGAAGAGGGACGGACGUCUCAGUUUCCCCUGCCCCCCGCCCGCUCCCUGGCAGCGGGCUGCCGCGGGGCCCCCGACGCCGCGACCUCAGCCCGGGGAGCGCCGCUCUCCGGCGCGGCAUCAGGGGAGGGAGGGGUGGCCCCCAAACUCGCUCGUCCGGCCCGACCGCCCCGGCGGCUUCUCCCUGCCCCCGGGGCCGUCCUGAGCGGCCCGGAGAGGCGUCGAGCACAGCCCCAGCUCCCGCCUCCUCGCCCGCCCUGGCACUGGAAGGGAGCUCUGGGCCCAUGCAGAUCCAGGGUGCCCCCGCGGCCUAGGGCAGGCAGCUCCGGGGGCCUGGCCCACGCGGCAGCCCCCGGGAGGCCGUGGGGACAGUGCAAAGCGCGCGUCCUUGGAUGAGGUCCCGCAGCGACGCCCCGGCCCGCCCCGCUCCUCCUCCUGCCCGGCCAAGCUGCCUCCCAUUUGGGGAGUUUCGUGGGUUUUCUUUUUCCUCCUCCAACCUCCGCGGAGGCCACGACUCAGGCGCCGCAGCCGGGUGCCUUCAUGGUGCGGGGCAGCCGCUGCUGAAGUCAGCGAAACCGAGCCUGGCCUGGAGCUGGCCACGCGGAAGGCCAAGGCCAUGGCCAUAGCCACGUCGGCCCAGCUGGCCCGGGCACUGUAUGACAACACCGCUGAGUCCCCCCAGGAGCUGUCCUUCCGCCGAGGGGACGUUCUACGGGUACUGCAGAGGGAAGGCGCUGGCGGGCUGGAUGGCUGGUGCCUCUGCUCCUUGCAUGGCCAGCAGGGCAUUGUGCCCGCCAACAGAGUGAAGCUCCUUCCUGCUGGGCCAGCACCCAAGCCUGGUUUCUCCCAGGUGCCCCCAGCGCAGCCUGGCUCACCACAUCCAGCCCCAGAGCACGGCAAUGAGGACCAGGAGGUAUAUGUGGUGCCACCCCCAGCUCGGCCCUGUCCUACCUCGGGACCUCUGACUGGACCCUGUCCUCCCUCCCCUGAUCCCAUCUACAAGGUCCCCAGAGGCAGUGGGACCCAACAGGCUGCCCCUGGAGAUGCCUUGGAGGUCUACGAUGUACCCACCGCUGCCCUCCGAGUUCCCUCCAGUGGCCCCUAUGACUCCCCGGCCUCCUUCUCCCGCCCUCUGGCCCAAGUUGCCCCCCAGUCCCCUGGAGAAGACGAAGCUCCCUAUGAUGUGCCUCUGGCCCUGAAGCCACCGUCAGACCUGGAGCCAGAUCUGGAGUGGGAGGGGGGCAGGGAGCCAGGGCCUCCCCUCUACGCUGCCCCCUCCAACCUGAAACGAGCAUCCGCCCUGCUCAAUCUGUACGAAGCACCAGAGGAACUGAUGGCAGAUGGGGAAGGCGGGGGCACCGACGAGGGCAUCUACGACGUCCCCCUGCUGGGGCCAGAGACACCCCCUUCUCCAGAGCCCCUGGGAGCCUCGGCUUCCAGUGACCUGGACACCCUGUCCCUGCUUGUGGCCAGAAGCCCCCCACCCCCACACAGGCCCCGGUUGCCCUCAGCUGAGAGUCUGUCCCGCCGCCCUCUGCCUGCCCUGCCUGUCCCGGAGGCCCCCAGCCCCUCCCCGGCUCCCUCUCCUGCUCCAGGACGGAAGGGCAGCAUCCAGGAUAGACCUCUGCCCCCGCCCCCACCCCGCCUGCCAGGCUAUGGGGGCCCCAAGGUCGAGGGGGAUUCAGAGGGCGGGGAGGUGGAGGACCAUCCAGCAGGACACCACAAUGAGUAUGAGGGCAUCCCGAUGGCCGAGGAGUAUGACUACGUCCACCUGAAGGGCAUGGAUAAAGCUCAGGAAGCCAGGCCCCAGGAUAAGGCCUCCCCAGGGAAUCCUGAUGUGCUGGAGAGGGGGCCGCCAGAGCAGCAGGAGGCCCCAUCCCCAGGGGAGCCAUUGGUUCUGCCCACCGGAGAUCUACAGCUCCUGCACUUCUACGCCGGGCAGUGCCAGGGCCACUACUCAACACUGCAGGCAGCCGUGGCGGCCCUGAUGUCCAGCACCCGGGCCAACCAGCCUCCGCGACUCUUCGUGCCCCACGGCAAGCGGGUGCUGGUGGCCGCUCACCGCCUGGUGUUUGUUGGGGACACCCUGGGCCGGCUGGCAGCCUCCGCCCCUCUGCGAGCACAGGUCGGGGCUGCAGGCACAGCACUGGGCCAGGCACUGAGGGCCACCGUGCUGGCCAUCAAGGGGGCUGCCCUGGGCUACCCGUCCGGCCCUGCGGCCCAGGAGAUGGUGCAGUGUGUGGCAGAGCUGGCAGGGCGGGCCCUGCAAUUCACCACCCUGCUCACCAGCCUGGCCCCCUGAGCCCCGUGGCCCCGCUCUGCCCUCGCCUGCCUGCCAGAGCCCCCUCCAGGCCGUGGGUGGCUGGAGGACUCUGUUUUAGGGACUAGGAGAGGUGGAGGCAUCUUUCCCCCUUGCCCCCUUUCUCGUCAUCUCAGCCUCUCACAGAGGCGCCUCCUCCCCUACCCCGCAGCUUUUUGUAUGAGCCUUUUUGUAUAAAUUAUUUAUAUUUAAUAUUAUUCCCUGCUUUGUCAGGGGCAGGCGCCAGGCCCUCUGGGGCAGGGAGGAACUGGACCUUCUUCCUCCCUCAGCCUGGGGUGGAGGUUCCUGGGCACCACAUGGCCACCUGCCUCUGGAAUCUUGGCCCCACAGGGAUUCAGGUAGCUGAAACCUGAGGCCACCCAGAGCUCCUUUCUUGUCCUGUGUCUUGGCUCUAGAACAUCAGUGCCUCACUGCUAGCUGAGGGUGAGGGCAGGACGUUGGCCACCCAGAAUGGGAAGGUCUGGGAGAGGCCAGAGGGCUCCUCCCCACAGGAGACAGGAGAGCUGGGCCUCAGGCACUGGCACAUUUCAAUAAACCAGGCUGUCUGA